GGAUCUUAUUCCAGUCCGGUUGCCUGCUCGGUCAAGGAACAAAAGAAAAAGUUCGUGACUAGAAAAAAUUUUCGGUAUCUCCACUAGAUUUGAGUUUUUGUUGUGUCGGGCUUUAUUGACCAAGGUCCUGCCAUCAUGUCCUCUCGGCGCCACCACCCGGUCGUCCUCGUGGAGGGCAAGGUGCGACACCGGUGUGAAACGAUAGAGCGCGAAACCAUUGCGCUGCGCGAGAAAUUAGUUUCCCUCCGCGCCACCUUCGAAGCCGAGCGACACGCGCAUCUGCGGGAAGUGGACGAGGCAGGGACCUGCGCGCGCAAAGUGGACGAGCGCACGCUCGAAGCCAUGGAGGCGACGCGGACCGCGAUGGACACACGCGACGAACAAACCGCAGCAAUGAGCAGUUUGUUGGCCGACUUCCGCCGGAUGGACGGCAAGCGGGCGGCCUUGUCGCAGAAAGUAACAGCCACGGAGGCGGCGGUACUCACGUUGCAGGGCCGUCUCGACGAAGCGACAUCCGCGAUCGCGGAGCUCGACCUGACUUGCGCAAAGGAGAACGAUUUGUCUGCAGGUAAAUUAGAAGGAAAGUAGGUGUUUACGCGUCUCCUUCUGGUUGUGUAUAGUAUGUAUCAACUGGUUAUGGGUUGCACGCCGACAAAUCCCGCAUGCAGUGAAAUUUUUUCUGUGUCUUUUAGCGGGAGUUGAACAUUCUAUCCUUGGGGCAGAAAAAAGUGACCAGCUUUUACUUAUUCAGAGCACGACUGGGAGACGCAUAAGGACCUGGAGAGUAUGAAGGAAAGCCGACGAGCCGCUGAAUUUUCUGUGGUAGAAACCAGAGAACAAGCCGCAGCAGAGCGUGCACAGCUGACAAAGUCUUUAAACACCGCCAAGGAUGCGCUACAGGACGCGAGGGUACGUACGCAACAAUGCAUCAAGUGGGAGCAGGAUAUUAACACGAAUUACCUGCACCUGUUGAUUCAUACAACUGAGUCUACGAAUUCUUGAAUAAUUCUUUUUCCUUCGGAUUUGCAGUCAGUUCAAAGCGGUCCAACAGUGCCUAAGCCCACAAUCUCAACACGCAGGACCAACUUGUUCGCGACCGUGAGGCUUUGGAAAAAAAACGCGGCAAGCAGCAGGACCUGCUGGAGCGCAAAGAGGCGGCACACCGGCAAAAAAUGACGGUGUUUGGGCAUGAACGCACAGUACUGGGAGCGAAACUAGCACAGAUUGAGCUCCUGAAUCAAAAACUGGAAACAAGGCUGGAGUUGAACACAUAAAUGAUAAAGAUACGCGGUUUUUUUGCCGUCGAAAUUGGUGUCUGUGAAGCUGCCGAAGAAGGCAGCUGCAACGACACGACCGCGGCCAAUGAAUGAAAAAUCGAUCCAGAAAUACUACAGCGACAGUGUGCACGACAAAUGUAUCAUUCCAUAUCCUCCAUAAAGAGAUUCCAACGAAAUGCAUUGAAAGCAAACGGUCGAUUGCGUCUUGCGCAGAGCAGCACCGGCACGGGAAGUCACUGCAGAAAUCGUUUUUGGUGGCGUUUAUUCGUGUUUUGACUUUUAACCUCGUGUACGUACCUGUGGUUGCUUCCUCCAAUGAAUGUGGGUCAUUCGGUGCAUCAAUGAAUGAUAC